AUGGCAUUCAGUCUUCCAGUCAGAAUUGCCACACCACCAAGUCUCAUCCUUGAUCCCAUCUUCUCUCUCCUGUACGAAGACAAUGAGGCCAGCUUGACCCAUUUCAUCACCAACAAGUCUCCUCUCCCUCUCGGAGGUGUCAUCAACGAUCCAGCUGUCAUGGACUAUCUUUUGAGUCGAGAACCCGGGCCGAAGGUCGAGUACAAGAAUCUCCGUCCAGCACUGGCUGUUUUGCGCCCGUUCUUGUCCGUCUCUCUCUAUGGAAAGAAGCUCAUGGCCUUUUACAAACAACUCCUCCAACUUCAAGGCCGCUGGGCUAUUGCAGCUGCUGAAAUGGUCACCUUCGACGUAUAUGUCAAAUUCUACAUAACCCUCUUCAUCGACCACAGUGACAAGAAGCUCGCAGACCACGUCUUCAAGGUCGUCCCCGGUGCCGCCUACAGCAUUGCAACCUACACUGCUGGCAGCCGGGAACAAUUCAACCUUAUGGUCAAGGCCGAAAAAGAGCGUCUCAUCAAGAAUACCCGUGCCGCCGCCGCAAAGCUCUUCGACUUCAAGGUCUCCAAGGACUUCUUCCAGCAACACGGCAAACUGGUCGCCGCCAUUGAGCACUCGGAGAAGAAACUCAAGGAUUGUCGGGAGAAGACAAUUCGUCGCAAGCGUGAGGCCGCCCACAGAAGAGCAGCUAUGGUCGCAGCCGCCCAAGAGCGCAACGAAGCUGCCCUCCAUAGACAGAUGGGCAUGAGUGGCUUGACGGCACAUGUUCCGCAUGUCGAGGAUUCGGUGGUUGACUGGACUGAAGAAAUCACCAAGGAAUGUUUUUCGUCAAAGGAGAAGCCCGUCUCGGCCUGA